AUGCCGGGCGCCGGUACUUUCAAAAUCUUCGUCGGGAAUCUUUCCGAUAAAACCACAGACGCCGAUCUCAGACCGCUGUUCGAAAAGUUCGGUACGGUCGUAGAAUGCGAUAUCGUCAGAAAUUACGGUUUCGUGCACAUGGAAAAACGAGCAAGUCGGCCGCGAAGCCAUUCAGAACCUCAACGGCGAAACGCGCGCGCGCCCGAGGUCCGCGAGCUGUUUCAGAAGUUCGGCACGGUCGUGGAGUGCGAUAUCGUUCGUAACUAUGGCUUCGUGCACCUGGACGCGUCGGGCGACGUGAACGAGGCCAUCAAAGAGCUGAACGGCAUGAUGGUGGACGGCCAGCCCAUGAAGGUGCAGCUGUCCACGAGCCGCGUGCGCCAGCGGCCCGGCAUGGGCGACCCCGAGCAGUGCUACCGCUGCGGCCGCGGGGGCCACUGGUCCAAGGAGUGCCCCAAGGCCAUGGGCCCCGACCGCAACGGUUUCCGCGAUCGAGCGUUCGGCCGCGACCCCUACCCCCCGCCGCCGCCGCCGCCCUUCCUCCGCGAUCGCAUGAUGGGAGGAUUUGGGGAUCCUUACGACGGUUACUAUGACCGAGCUCGGUUUGACUCGGCGCGGGACCUGUUCGAGCGGAGGUACCCCGUGGGGGCUUCCAGGGGUCUGGACAUGGCGCCGUCCCGCGCGCGGGGUGACUUCGUGUCCCCUCCCCUGCGCCGUGAGCCCAUGCCGCCCAUGCCCUCCCUGCCCCCCAUGAGGAGCAGCAUGGGGUCGAUGAGGUCCUCGUAUGAUGCUAUGUACAGCCGCAGGAGCCCACCCAGGGGACCACAGAUGUCUAGAGGGUAUGUCGCUAUGACUUGUGUUAAACAAUCUUGA